AUGUACAUCCCAAACCUCCUGGCCGUUGCCGCCCUUCUCCGGCUGGCUGCCACCUCCCGCAUCCAGCAACCACUCGGCUCCGGUCCUGCUCCGCCCACGCCUCACGGCCCGGCAGCCGCCACGGAGGCCACGUCCGACGCAGCACCUUCUUGGCGCAACGACCUCAUUUCUCUGCACCGUUCCCUCAUCGAGAUCCCCUCAAUCUCGGGCAACGAGAGCGAGGCCGGCAAGUUCCUCGUCGACUACCUCACCGGCCGGGGCUACAUCUCUCAUCUUCAGUUUCUGCCCCCGCGCAACAAGGACAACAAUGAGACCCCGCGCUUCAACGUUCUCGCCUGGAAAUCGAACGAGCGCCAGCCUAAGCCCCGUAUCGUUGUGACGUCUCACUACGACGUCGUGCCGCCUCAUAUCCCUUACAGCAUUUCUGAUGAGAAGAUCACCUCCGAGACUCGCAUCAGCGGCCGCGGAAGCGUCGAUGCAAAGGCCAGUGUCGCUGCUCAGAUCAUUGCCCUCGAAGACCUCUUGAGCGAGGACAAGGUCAAGGAGGAGGAUGUGAUGCUCCUGUUUGUCGUUGGCGAGGAGGACACUGGUGAUGGCAUGCGCUUCUUCUCCGACUCUCUCCAGGAGACUGAACCCCGCCUGGAGUUUGAAUCCGUCAUCUUUGGAGAGCCAACCGAAUCCAAGCUGGCGUGCGGCCACAAGGGCGGCGUCUUCUGCGAUAUCACGGCCAAGGGCAUUGCCGGCCACUCGGGAUACCCUUGGUUGGGCAAGUCCGCUAACGAGAUCAUGGUUAAGGCCCUCGCCAAGAUCAUCUCUACCGACCUCGGAAGCAGCGAGAAAUGGGGAAACACCACUGUCAACGUCGGCCAGAUCAUUGGUGGUGUUGCCCAGAAUGUCAUCCCUGAGGCCUCACUCGCUCGCAUCGCCGUGCGCGUUGCCAUUGGCCCAGAGGUGGACGGCGGAAACACUGUCAAGGGCAGGAUCCAGAAGAUUCUUGACGAGACUGACGCAGAGGAUUUAGAGUUGACUUGCACGCACGGAUAUGGUGUCGUUGAGGCCAACUGCGAUGUUGAAGGCUUCGAGACGAUAGUCGCUAAUUAUGGCACUGACAUUCCCAACUUGAAGGGCUCGCACACGCGCUACUUGUACGGGCCUGGCACCAUUCUAGUUGCCCACGGGCGCAAUGAGAAUCUCACUGUCGCCGACCUCGAAGGGGCAGUUACUGGAUUUCAGAAGCUGAUCCUUCACGCCCUCAAGUAG